AUGUCUGCCCGCUACGAAAGCUCCCCCGCCAGCCCGGAACCCCUGGCCCAACCCCUGACCUUCCCCUUCUCCGGCAGGACGGCCAAGAACCGCUUCCUCAAGAGCGCCAUGGCCGAGUCCCUCGCGACCUGGAGCGCCACCGAGCCCACGAAGCGGGGGAUCCCCACGCCCGAGCUCGUCGAGGUCUACCGCCGAUGGGGCGAAGGACCAGACAACUUUGGCAUCAUCGCCACGGGUAACAUCGUCAUCGAGUUCGACAACGUGAGCACCCUCGGCGACAUGAUCAUCACGCCCGAGUGUAUCCCCGAAGCCGGCGACGCGCGCUUCGAAGGCUUCAAGGCCAUCGCCGCCGCGGGCAAGGCCCACGGCAGCCUCAUGCUCGGACAGGUCAACCACGGCGGGAGACAGGUGGAGAAGAGGAUCCAGCCCAACCCCGUGUCCGCGUCCGCCGUUCCAUUGGGACCCAGGAGGGGUAUGGAAUUCGCCCCGCCGCGCGAAGCCACAAAACAAGACAUUGCCCGCUUCAUCGAGGGCUUCGCCCACGCGGCAGCCUACCUCGAAAAAGCAGGCUUCGACGGCAUCCAGCUCCACGCGGCGCACGGCUACCUCAUCGCGCAGUUCCUCUCCCACACGACGAACCGCCGGACCGACGAGUACGGCGCCCAGACGCUCGAGAACCGCACACGGCUCAUUGCGGACAUUGGCAAGGCCAUUCGCGCGCGGACGUCGCCGGGUUUCAUUCUCGCGGCCAAGAUUAACAGCGUCGAGUUCCAGGAGGACGGGGUGACCUCGGACGAGGCGCGGGAGAUGUCUGCUCUACUUUCGGGGCUGGGCUUCGACUUUUUGGAGAUUUCGGGGGGCACGUUUGAGGUGAUGGGCAUGGCGUGGGAGAAGGAGAGCACGCGGAAGCGGGAGGGGUUCUUUCUCGAAUUUGCGGACACGGUCGUCAAGGGGCUGGGCGAGGACGCCGCGUCGCGCAAGACAAAGGCGUACAUUGUGGGCGGGAUGCGGACGGUGGGCGCCAUGGUGAAGGCGUUGGAGGUGGUGGACGGGGUGGGGCUGGGACGGCCCGGCGCGCAGGAGUUCCGGUUCGCGUCGGAUGUGAUUUCGGGGCGUGUCCGGGGCGCCGUGCAGCCCGUCGAGAGGGUGGAGAAGGAUUUCGGGUUCGGGUUGACGGCGGCGGCGGCGCACAUUCGCCAGGUGGGCCGGGGCGAGGAGCCGUUUGACGCGAGCGAUGCGGCGUCGGUGGGCACUUUUGCGCAGGAUAUGCAGGCGUGGUAUGGGGCGGUGCUUGCUGAUGGCGACAAGUUGGAGCAGUACGGCGGCGUCACGUUCUCUGGCAAGACGUUGCCGUAUGGACAGACUUCCAAGGCGUAG